AGCUCUCCGAGCCCGGGUGGCCGCGAUGGCCAGCACCAGGAGUAUUGAGCUCGAGCACUUUGAGGAACGGGACAAAAGGCCGAGGCCGGGGUCGCGGAGAGGGGCGCCCAGCUCCUCCGGGGGCAGCAGCAGCUCGGGCCCCAAGGGGAACGGGCUCAUCCCCAGCCCCGCGCACAGUGCCCACUGCAGCUUCUACCGCACGCGGACCUUGCAGGCCCUCAGCUCGGAGAAGAAGGCCAAGAAGGCGCGCUUCUACCGGAAUGGGGACCGCUACUUCAAAGGCCUGGUCUUUGCCAUCUCCAGCGACCGCUUCCGGUCCUUCGAUGCGCUCCUGAUGGAGCUCACCCGCUCCCUGUCAGACAAUGUGAACCUGCCCCAGGGCGUCCGCACCAUCUACACCAUCGACGGCAGCCGGAAGGUCACCAGCCUGGACGAGCUGCUGGAAGGUGAGAGUUAUGUGUGUGCAUCCAACGAGCCAUUUCGUAAAGUUGAUUACACCAAAAAUAUUAAUCCAAACUGGUCUGUGAACAUCAAGAGUGGGACCACCCGAGCCAUGGCUGCUGCCUCCUCUGUGAAAAGCGAAGUAAAAGAAAGUAAAGAUUUCAUCAAACCCAAGCUAGUGACUGUUAUUCGUAGUGGAGUAAAGCCUAGAAAAGCCGUGCGGAUCCUUCUGAAUAAAAAGACAGCUCAUUCCUUUGAGCAGGUCUUAACUGAUAUCACCGAAGCCAUUAAACUAGACUCAGGCGUGGUCAAGAGGCUGUGCACACUGGACGGAAAGCAGGUUACUUGCCUACAAGACUUUUUUGGUGAUGAUGACGUUUUUAUUGCAUGUGGACCUGAAAAAUUCCGUUAUGCCCAAGAUGACUUUGUACUAGAUCACAGCGAAUGCCGUGUCCUGAAGUCAUCUUAUUCUCGAUCCUCAGCUGUUAAAUAUUCUGGAUCAAAAAGCCCUGGACCCUCUCGCCGCAGCAAAUCACCAGCUUCAGUAAAGAGGGCUGGCCACUCCAGUGCCUAUUCUACAGCCAAAUCCCCAGUUAACGGGACUCCCAGCAGCCAACUUUCUACUCCCAAAUCUACAAAAUCCUCCAGUUCUUCUCCAACUAGCCCAGGAAGCUUCAGAGGAUUAAAGAUUUCUGCUCAUGGCAGAUCUUCUUCCAAUGUAAAUGGUGGGCCUGAACUUGACGGUUGCAUGAGUCCUGAAGGUGUGAAUGGAAACAGAUGCUCUGAAUCAUCAACUCUUCUUGAGAAAUACAGAAUUGGGAAGGUCAUUGGUGAUGGAAAUUUUGCCGUAGUCAAAGAGUGUAUGGACAGGUCCACUGGAAAAGAGUAUGCGUUGAAGAUCAUAGACAAAGCCAAAUGUUGUGGAAAGGAACACCUGAUUGAGAAUGAAGUAUCAAUUCUACGCCGAGUCAAGCACCCUAAUAUCAUCAUGCUAGUGGAGGAGAUGGAAACAGCAACCGAGCUCUUCCUGGUGAUGGAGUUGGUCAAAGGUGGAGAUCUCUUUGAUGCAAUUACUUCUUCAACCAAGUACACUGAGAGAGAUGGCAGCGCCAUGGUGUACAACCUAGCCAACGCCCUCAGGUACCUCCAUGGCCUCAGCAUUGUGCACAGAGACAUCAAGCCAGAGAAUCUCUUGGUGUGUGAAUAUCCUGAUGGAACCAAGUCCUUGAAACUGGGAGACUUUGGACUGGCAACAGUGGUGGAAGGCCCCUUGUACACAGUCUGUGGCACACCAACUUACGUGGCCCCAGAAAUCAUUGCUGAAACUGGCUAUGGCCUGAAGGUGGACAUUUGGGCAGCCGGCGUGAUCACAUACAUACUUCUGUGUGGAUUCCCACCGUUCCGAAGUGAGAACAAUCUCCAGGAAGAUCUCUUCGACCAGAUCUUGGCUGGGAAGCUGGAGUUUCCAGCCCCCUAUUGGGAUAACAUCACUGACUCUGCCAAGGAACUAAUCAGUCAAAUGCUUCAGGUAAAUGUUGAAGCUCGGUGUACCGCGGGACAAAUCCUGAACCACCCCUGGGUGUCAGAUGAAGCCUCCCAGGAGAAUAAUAUGCAAGCUGAGGUCACAGGUAAACUAAAACAGCACUUUAAUAAUGCGCUCCCUAAACAGAACAGCACUACCACCGGGGUGUCUGUUAUCAUGAACACAGCUCUAGAUAAGGAGGGGCAGAUCUUCUGCAGCAAGCACGUUCAAGACAGCAGCAGACCUGCCACCGAGCAGAUGUCGCCAGCUCCUCCCUCAGCUGAGGAGCCCCCUGCUGCCCCCCGGGAAUCCCCCACGCCUCCCUGUCCUCCUGCCACCAUGGGCGGUGAGCGGGCAGGGACUUGGCGCCGCCACCGAGACUGACCCUCUGCAGACAGACCAA